GAGGGUCUAGACCAUCCCCCAUCUCCAUCUAGGAUGGCGCCCCUUCAAUUUCGAUCGAAAAACACAUCUUGCUAUCGCACAUCACAUCACCUCACAUCGCAAGGUUCUCUGCGAUCUACCAAUACCUAUCCGCGGGCGCGUUACGUACAUAUGUACCUAACCCACCCAGGUGCAGCUGCGUAGAGUGCAGGUAGCCGAUGGACAGUACCUAAGGUCUACCGCGUCAUCUCGAGGUGAUCUGCCUCAACCGAGCGCGCUUGACUUUUGUCUCACUCUCUUACUCACUCUUCCUUCUCCGUACCCCUAACUCAGAGACGGAGAAACGUAAGAGAAGGACGGAAAGGAGGACGAGAGACCGAGAUCUGAAUGACUGUGGUGACCUGAACCUGAAAAAAAAAAAAAUACCUACGUUGGUUCCUUCACUUUCACAGGACCAUACGAUAAGACAUCAACACCCUUCAACACUGGGGCCAAUCAACAUACCUGAUUCUCUACGACUCGAUUUACGACAGGCCUCCAGCAAAAAAAAAUCCACAAACAUCACGCGGCGGCGGGCUCAGGAAAGAGAACAAUGUCCGUGCCGACACCACCGUCCACCACGCUCUCAGCUCCGCCGUCGCCCACGGAGCUGGCCACGCCAAGGCUCCCGCCCAACUUCGACAGUGACAGCGAGGAAGCGGACGAAGACCCCGAAAUGCUCUCGCCCUCCUCGAAACGCAUCAUCAAGACCACCACGACCAUUGUCAAGCCCAUCUUCAUGCGGCCCAAGCCCAUCUACCUCAUCGUCGCCACGUCGCUGAAUCCGCCCAUGGGCAUCGGGCACCAGGGCAGGUUACCCUGGCCGCCGAUCAAGGCGGACAUGGCCUUUUUCAAGACCGUCACGUCUCACGUCCCCGAAGUCGCCAAGGACUCUUCACACCCAGAGUCUUCUUCUUCUUCCUCAGCGGCGCCGCCGGGCACGCUCAAUGCCGUGGUCAUGGGCCGCAAGACGUGGGAGAGCAUCCCCGCCAAAUUCCGGCCGCUGGCAGGACGACUGAACGUGAUCAUCACGCGCUCCGACUCCGAGCAGCUGGGGCGGAAGAUCCUGCAGGAGCUGAAAUCCGCGGGCAAGGGCAGCGCGGAUGCCGCGUCGCAGUGGGAGCUGCACACCCUGCCGCCGCCCAAGCCCAGCGUGCGGAUCAAGCUCAACUCGACGUCCAAGCGAGCCGCCGAGCGACGGCCCAGCACGAUGCUCGUCCCACCGGCGGCGGCGGCGGCGGCGUCGGCGGUAUCGCCCAUCCUCAUCUCCGCCUCCCUACCCUCGACACUCUCCUUGCUCUCCUCGCAAGCACCGAUCCAGAUCCCACCGCCGCCCACCGCCACCGCGCCCACUUCAGCCCCGGGCGGACCGUCGCGAGACCUCUCGCCAUCCCUCUCGAUCCACAAGAUCUUCUGCAUCGGCGGCGCCGAGAUCUACCGGCAGGUCCUGGCGCUGUCGUCCGCCAACCUGCACACGCCCACCACCCCGGCCGGGAGCGAGACGGGGACGGACACCGAGGGCGAGACCGGCGGUGACGGCGGCGGCAAGCACUUCGACGUGAGGAUCCUGCAGACCCAGAUCCGCCGGCGCCGCGGCGGCGGCGGGGGCCCGAAUGCGACGACGACGACGACAACGGCCGACGACGGGGACGGGGACGAUUUCGAGUGCGACACCUUCUUUCCCGACCUCCUGCCUUCGCCGCACUCGCGCGUCAAGUCCGCCAAGUGGAAGCACGUCGCGCAGGCCAAAGUCCAGGAGUGGAUCGGCGACGACGUGGAGCUGCCUCAGCACCUGGGCAGGCGGAAGCAGAGCAUCGCGGAUGACGCUGCCGGGCAGGAUGAGAGCGAAGGGGACGAGGAGGAAGAGGAAGACGAGGUCAUGCCGGCGGAUAGCAGUGGGAAGGAGUUGUGGCUGAAGGACGAAAAGGCUGGUGUUGAGAUCCGCGUCGUGGGUUGGGAGAGGAGGUGACCCCUUCCUGGCAGUUGGUGAAUAUGGGUUUUGUCUUGCGCAAGCAUUACAUUUGAUACGAAGCGGACCACGCAAAUAUGAUGAUAUCUCGUAUAGCAGAAGAGUCGCGAAUAAACCGUUGAUGUCCCUCGUA